AUGCUCUCGAGAUCUUCGCUUUCGCUAGCCACCUCUUCUCGCUUGGCGCGCUGGGCAUGUGCCACCUCAACAUCGACCAGGAAUACCACGGCAACCACACUCCAAAUACCAACAGCUUGUAGCAUCACUCGCUGUCUCGCUACCAGUGUUUCGGUUGCAUCUGGUCGAGAGGCCUCGUCACCCGCCUCGAAUCGCAAUCAAGAUCGAUCCGAUUACCGCCCUCGUCGUAGGGACGAAGAUGUUCGGUCGAACCACCGAUCGGGUGGACCGAAUCAUGGUGUACCAGUAGCGCAGUACAGUCGAAAUCAGCGAUUUGCUGCUGAUGGAACGAGAAAACGUCUGCCCCAUCCGAAUGCUAAACCUCGUUCCGAUCGGGAGGGAGAUCGAAAUCAGAGCGCGAAUGACCAGCGUUCAUCCAGACCCAGAGAUGGUCCAUCUCGUUUCAAGAAAGCCGGCGAAGCAGGAUACUCAUCAUGGAGAAACAAGGAUGAUUCUGCGCUCAAGUUUGGCUACACUGCUCAAGAUGGCAUGGGCUCGAAUUCGGCUUCGAACGCUGCUACCAAGAGGGAUUCGACGGUUUCGAGGUUGAGAGCUCGAAACAACACCCCGUUGGACGAUGCCGAUGACCGCGGUUUUCGCAACACCGAGGCAGACAGGUUCGGAGACGCAACCAGUAUCGAGGAUGAUGCUUCAGCGCGCAGUCCCAGAGGCGUUGCAGUGGAUGAUGGCAUUCUAAAGGGCAACAGCAUCCUUGAGAGGUCGGAUCGACACCACACCGCCAAGCAAAAGAAAAAGGAAGGUCGAGGCUCCUUACUCGAUCCAGAACAUGAUCACGAUCACAAUCCUUCAAGCCGAUCUUGGCCGACUUCUUCUUCAAAUCGACAGCCUCGACACGCUUCUGUCUCUCCAGAUAACAUGCAUGCAUCCCGCCUUGACCGCGCCCCUACGCCACGAGUUAAACCCAAGCUCCUCCCCAAGGUAGAGCGGAACAUCUUCCUUCCCUCUGUCAUCUCGGUCGUCAUGCUUGCCACACGCAUGGAGAAAAAACUCCGAGCUGUCCAAAACGUAAUGAGCGAAUUGGGAAUGGAAGACACCCGCCCGGAUCUGAUGCUCAAAUUCGAAGAUGCCGAAAUGAUCGCGGCUCAACUUAACGUCGUUGCCAUCCCCAACGACGAAGCCAGUUUCGACAUCUACCCUCGACCGCCACCUUCGACACCGGAAGAAGCUGCCUCUCUCCCACGCCGCCCACCGGUGGUGACCAUCAUGGGCCACGUCGACCACGGUAAAACCACGUUGCUGGAUAAACUGCGUUCCACCUCUGUUGCGCAGGGAGAAGCUGGUGGGAUCACGCAGCACAUCGGUGCGUUCAGUGUACCGAUCAGUGGGAGGGAGCAACUCAAGGGCAAGAGGAAAGGUUACCAAGGUAUUCAGACAAUCACGUUCCUCGAUACGCCGGGACACGCUGCUUUCACAGCCAUGAGAAGCCGUGGUGCGAUGGUGACGGAUAUCGUCGUGCUCGUUGUGGCAGCCGAUGACGGUGUGAUGCCGCAAACGCGCGAAGUGAUCCAGCUGGUCAAGGAUGCCAAUGCCGACAUGGAUUCUAACGAUAUCGCCUCUAGCCAGCCGCACGUGCAGAUGGUUGUGGCGCUCAACAAGAUUGACAAACCCGACGCGGAUCCCGAACGCGUGAAACGCCAACUUGUCGCUGCCGGCGUCGAGCUCGAGGAGCUUGGAGGUGACGUUCCCUGCGUCCACGUCUCCGGAAAGACAGGCAGAGGACUAGACGAUCUCGAAGAGACCGUCGCAAUAUUGGGAGAGCUAGCAGAACUACGUGCUGAACGUACCGGCUUACCACAAGGUUACGUGAUCGAGUCCAAAGUGGAUAAAGGGCGUGGUAACGUAGCUACCGUGCUCAUCAAGCGUGGUGUGCUUUCGAAAGCCUCGCCCAUCAUUGCCGGCACGGCAUGGUGCAAAGUUCGUCAGAUCUUGCAUUCCAGCGGUCGGCCGCUCGCCAACGCUUUUCCAGGCGAUCCUGUCUUGGUUACCGGAUGGAGAGAGCUCCCGAGUGCUGGCGACAUGUUGUUGGGAGCCACCGACGAGCAAUCGUGCAAGAGAGCGUGCGAGAAUCGAAAGCAGCUACAGGAGCACAAAAAGAUGAUGCAGGACGUCGAGCAGAUCAACGAGGCUAGGAGGGCGAAAGCCGAACAAGAGGAAGCCGAGGCCAAGAAGGAGUUUGAGGAUAGGCAGAGGAGGAGGGCUGCAAGGUUGGCUGCUGACGAUGGCAAGGAUCCGUUGGCAGUAUUGGCUGCGAUGGAAGCUGCUUCUUCCGGCGCUACCGGCGAGACGGUUCAAGUUGACCAGGACGCUGAUGGCGUUGAAAUUGCCGAAAGUAAAGACUCGACGACCAGUGCGGGCCAAGGUAAGAAAUUGCUCAACGUGAUCAUCAAAGCCGAUUUCUCCGGCACUGUCGAAGCCGUGGUCGGUGCUAUCAGCUCGAUCGGCAACAACGAAGCCGGGGUUAAAAUCGUCUCGGCCUCAGUUGGAGAGCCUUCGGAAUCCGACGUUGCAAAAGCCGCCGCGCUGUCGGCCACCAUCAUCGGGUUCAAUGUGACGCCUUCGAAAAGCGUCCUUCAGUCGGCUGCUCGAGCGCAACCCGAUCCUGUACCCGUAAUCGUAUCUGACGUCAUCUACCGACUCAUGGAAACUGUCUCGGCACGCGUCUCUACACUGCUUGCACCGCUCACCGAAGCCAGAGUUCACGGCGAAGCGACGGUAAGCCAGAUCUUCGAUAUCAACCUCAAGGGCAAGACGUUCAAGAAGAUCGCAGGAUGCAAGGUGACCAACGGCACCAUCUCGAAAUCCAAUGCGGUCAAGGUGCUCAGAGGCGCAGAAAGGAAGGAGGUCUACAGGGGAAAGCUGGAUCAGUUGAAACAUGUCAAGAAGGACGUCGCCGAGAUGAGAAAGGGUACAGAGUGCGGCAUGUCGUUCGAGGGGUGGCAGGACUUGAAGGAGGGCGAUGUGGUGCAGUGUUUCAGCGAGGUCGAGGUGGCGAGGAGUUUGUAG